AUGGAUCCUUUGUCGAUUUCAGCAGGCAUCAUUGCGAUAACGACCGUAGCGGCGCAAGUUGCCAACCUCCUCGCUGGGAUUCGGGAAGACUGGGAUUCUUUACCCGGCCGCAUGCAUGCGCUGAGCAACGAAAUCCAAGACUUCAAUGUUGUGUUACAGCAAGUUGCCAUCGCUGUCAAGGACAGAAGGGUCUCCGGGCAGGAUGCCUACGGUGAAUCGACGCUGCUGCCCCUCUUGGUUAGAGGGAAUAAUGUCUUGGUAGACCUGAAAGCAAUCCUCGAGCGUCUUCUAGCAACCGGAACGAAGAAGAAAGAGGCUAUUUCUCGUGUACUAAUGUGGAGGAGAGAGCAAGGCACCGUGUCCUCGCUUCAGGAGCAGAUCAAGCAAGUAAAAUCAAGUCUGAAUGUCCUCCUGGGCGCGUCAAAUUCACAAGAUAUGAUGCACGUCCGUCUCUGUUUAGAAGAGCUCAGCUUGAAAAUAUCGCACUCGAAGGACUCAGUUUACCCCGAGAAGGAAGCGCAAGACGAUUUCAUACAAGCUCUGCUUAAUGAACAUCACGGCACAAUGAAGGAGUCGUUAAACAGGUCGGCCGACUUUACAAUGCAUCGACGCCGCCUGCGAGGAGACGUGUCGUCCGAGCCGUCAGCCCAGCUUCGGCUGCGCGAAUCCAAGAAAAGUCUGCGUCUGUCGGAGUUCGUCUACGCCAGAAUCUGGGCGCUGUAUGGGCAACAGUAUGAGACAUGCAAGUUUCUGAUGUCUGCAGGGGCAGAUCCAACCUAUAAGCCGAUUGCACCAAGUGAUGAUUGCCCAAGCGACAAGGCAGGAGACAUAAUACUGCGGGCCAACAUCUCACAGGAAGUCAUUGAGAUUCUUCGGCUCAUUGCGGAGGGUAGUGAUUUCAAUGAACGCCAAAACUUUGCUCGUAUUCAUAAGAUUGUCCUAGGCCUUUGUAUCGGUGAUUUAGAAGAGGAAAUACGGCAGGACCCAAAGUCAUUAGACUUUCCAGACGGCACAGGACGGACAGCACUGCAGUGGGCAGCAGCGAGAGGCGACGAGCGAGCCGUGGUGACACUCCUCAGCUGGGGUGCUGAUCCCAAUAACAUGGACAAGAAACUCAAUACGCCACUCACUCUCGCUGCUAAUCAGAACCAGUCAGUGUGUGUUCGACUUCUUCUGGAGGCCGGAGCACUACCGGAUCCCGAACUGCCACCGUCGGUCAAAUUCGGCACACCGCUCAAUUGCGCCGCACGUAACGCGCCGGACCCGGUCCUAAUGAAGACUUUACUGGAUUUUAACGCAAAAAUUGAAGCGAGCGGUGUGGAUGGCGUCACACCACUCCUGCAUGUUGCGAGGGGAAACAGCGCCGCUCAUGCAAUGCUUCUCCUGGAAUACGGAGCCGACAUCAACGCGACUUCGAAAGCUGGCCAAACACCCCUGACUGCAGCAAUUCAAUACAACAACCAUAGCGUUCUGAAACUCCUUCUCGAGAGAUGGUUCGACUACAACGAGUGCCCAAGACUGAAGGGACCCAACCUCUUGGAGACAGUCGCUAGAUAUGCCGACGUCGAAACAAUACUUCUCUUAACGGCAGCCGAGCAUCUUCGAAGCUAUCCUGACAAAACGUAUAUACUGGAUCACUACAAGGAAGUCAUCGAUGGGCGUAAUGACUCGUCAGAUGAGCUGAGCGUAGCCUUUGAUGAGUUGCUAUCGGUGCUGAAAAUGGAAGCCAAAGCCCAUGGAAGCAUUGACGAGCUCAUGGAGUCGGGUUUGCUGAACCCUUUGGGUUAUGAAAUCGAGUCUGAAGAGGACAGCUCAUCAGAUUUUCUGGUUUUUGAGGAUGCCAAAGAGAUGUUGGACAUUUCGAGCAACUCGUCGAGCCCCAUUCGCACUUCAUGCCCGGCGCACGAUCUUGAGAAAAGUUUGGAAGAAAAGACGGGAGGGAAUUGGUGA